GCCUUCUGCUUUCCGACCGUCAACUUGAAAAUCCUUGGGGCUACAUCCAAGCCCCUCGGAUAUUUUUUUUCUGUCCACCGGUUCAUCAAUUCUUUUCCAUGCCAAGCUCGAACAGGACAUGUUGUGGUUUCGUUGAAGAAGCACGCUUGCGAGCACACGACCGCCGUUACAAACCACAGCCGUGGAUCGUUCUCAAGUUCGCCGUUGGGCUGACGUUGGCGCUGAUUGCAUAUACAACCUAUGUUUAUGUUGGUAUAUUCUGUAGGGAUAUGAUUGUAAAGAAUCAGAGUGCAUUGGGAAGUCAAGCUCUCGGCAUCGUGUUUCUAGUCAUAUUCUCCAUCCUUCUCUUGCUUGUUUUAUGGUCAUACAUAUCGCAAAGACCUGAGCGGCCGGGAUAUCAGCUAGCGCCUGAGCAACAGUCCGCUACUUUCGAUGACACCCGUGGAAUGUCUUACGAACUUCUGUCUCCUACGAUCGACCCAUCUCAUCACCCCUCGGCUUUACCAACUUCAGCAAAUAUUGUGACUGUGACGCCCCCGGCUGUUCCAGCAGCGGCUAAGGUUUAUCAGUCGGCUCAUCAUCAUCAGAAUACACAUGUCCCUGGUGAAGCACACAUCACGAACGUACCCGCUAAUCCUGAAACCAUGUGUGUCCCGGACCCUGCAGCACCCUCAUCCCACGCGAACUCCCAUGAAUCUAGCUCAGAUCCGCCUGAACCGAUGUUCCCGCGACGACCAUCGACGACACCUGUUCUUCUCCCCGAGAUUCGUUACUGCAGCAAAGACAGAAUCAUCAAACCUCCACGUACACAUCAUUGUCGAGCUUGUGGCACUGUAAGGGUCGGACAUUGCGUCGGUGCUUUCAAUCACAAGUUUUUCGUUAAUUUUGUGCAAUGGGCGACGAUACUUUCUUUCUGGAUGUUCGCGACGAUUUUAGGUCUCACCAUCAAGUCACAGUCUAAAUCCCCGGCUCCCGGCAUCAACCCACAACACAUCGUUGUAGUGGCCCUAUCGGCUUUCUUCGGCAUCUUCUGUUGCCUUAUGUUCCUGACACAUGUGCAUCUAAUUAUGUUGAACCAAACGACUGUGGAAUCCCUUGGAUUUAGAAACAUGAAGGAGCGUGAGCAAGACAAUCUGGCGCGCAUGCACCGAUGUUACGACUUUGGAGCUAAGCGACGAACGCGGCAACGCUGGGAUAAGGAAUGGGGCAGAAUUGACAAGGAAGGUAACCUCUGGUGGCUGGGAAGUAACAGAGCAAACUGGGAAAGUGUAAUGGGCAAGAACGUGUGGUGGUGGUUCUUGCCUGUGGGACAUGGACUCGAGGAUGGGCUGCACUAUCCCCCUAACCCACGAUUUGACAAGCAAGGGAGAUUGAUGAGAAGGAGAGAGUGGCCUUCUGACUUACGAUGAUAUACAACCAUUUUUUCUGCAGGAAUCUACGCACACGCAUACUUACUACAUGUUAUGAUAUAUCACAGCCACAGACUUACUCUACGUUGGUUCGUCCCUUAGACAUACAAGUUUCUGGAUUUUUUUGUACGAUACAUAUGUAACCCUCUCCAUCAUCAAUGAGUUCUCCCAUUGCAUCUCAAUAUGACGUUGAUUGACGAGAGCAGGAGAGCACGUACAAC